UUCAGUUCUUCGUUCUUUCCCCUUUUGUUUUUUGUCAUCCGAACCGCGUGUGAGAGAGGGGGGUCGUCGAUCCGCCUAAAUUGUCCAAGACAGUUAAGCUGAUCGCCUUGUUCCUCCUCUCUUGUCUUUCAUCAAUUGGUCGUCGAUUUCUAUUUUCUGGGGUUCGAUUCGUGCUGAAUCGUUUGGAUCGUCUUUCCUGCUUUUUUUUUUCUAAUCAACUUUUAGGUCAUCGCCGAAUCCAUGGCUUCGAGGCGUAUCAUCAAGGAGUUGAAGGAUCUCCAGAGAGACCCCCCGACCUCUUGCAGCGCAGGGCCGGUUGCUGAAGAUAUGUUUCAUUGGCAAGCAACAAUAAUGGGUCCACCUGACAGCCCAUAUGCAGGGGGAGUUUUUGUUGUCACUAUCCACUUUCCUCCAGAUUAUCCCUUUAAACCUCCUAAGGUUGCUUUCAAGACAAAGGUUUUUCAUCCAAAUAUUAACAGCAAUGGAAGCAUUUGCCUGGAUAUCUUAAAGGAACAAUGGAGUCCUGCAUUGACUAUUUCCAAGGUGCUGCUGUCGAUCUGCUCCCUCCUAACUGAUCCAAACCCGGAUGAUCCGUUGGUUCCAGAAAUUGCUCACAUGUACAAGACAGACAAGAGCAAGUAUGAGACUACAGCAAGGAGCUGGACCCAGAGGUAUGCAAUGGGUUAAGGUUAUGAUGAAUAUUGAGGAGCUGGACCCUUACGCAUGUUUCAUUGCUAGACUGUUUUAUUUGUAAAAUUAAAAGUAAUCGAAAUAUUUCACCAAUUAAGAGGGGUUAAGUGGCUUCUACAGCAAGGAACUAGACUGUUUAUUUGUUCAAACUAGUAAGCAGUGUGCUGUAUCUGACUAUUUGAUGAAAUUUCUAAAGUUGGAGUUCUGGUAA